AAGUCACGUGACCAGUAGGCGGACAGCACUGAGCAUGUCUGCAGCAGGCUGUGUUGUCAGGCAAAUUAAGCUAGUCGGAGCUUCGGAGAGCUGCCACACACAAACCGCCGCAAGAGAGGAUCAAGCCAGCAGGCCACAGGUUCCAUUGUCACGCAGAGGGCAGUUGCCGUGGAAACCGAGGAAGGCAGAAUGGCAGGCAGCCGCGCCAUCCUGCCUUUAGAGCACGUCUGAUGCAUGCAGGCGAUGAUCGAUUGAAUGCCAGGCUCUCCGUUUGUUUGAUUCUCGAUGCUGAGGCUCUCCUGUCAAUCUCUGUGUCUGCAGGACGUCAAGGGUCAGUACUGGACAGACGAUGAUUCAGAUGGAGACAAUGACUCGGAGGAGUUCCUUUAUGGGAUACAGGGAAGCUGUGCGGCUGACCUGUACCGCCAUCCACAGCUGGAUGUGGACAUUGAAGCAGUGAAGGAGAUCUACAGCGACACAGCUGUGUCUGUCAGGGAGUAUGGGACCAUUGAUGAUGUGGACAUCGAUUUGCAAAUUAACAUCAGCUUCCUGGAUGAGGAGGUGGCGACAGCGUGGAAGGUGAUUCGAACUGAGCCCAUCAUCCUGCGCCUCCGCUUCUCCCUGUCCCAGUACCUCGAUGGGCCAGAGCCGUCUGUGGAGGUCUUCCAGCCGUCCAACAAGGAUGGGUUCAGCCUGGGCCUGCAGCUGAAGAAGAUCCUCAGCACGUUCACAUCCCAGCAGUGGAAGCACCUGAGCAACGACUUCUUGAAGACGCAGCAGGAGAAGCGGCACAGCUGGUUCAAGGCUGGUGGGACCAUCAAGAAGUUUCGAGCUGGCCUGAGCAUCUUUUCACCCAUCCCCAAGUCUCCCAGCUUCCCCCUCAUGCAGGACUCGGCUCUGAAGGGCAAGCUGGGCGUGCCAGAGCUUCGGGUGACGCGCCUCAUGAACCGCUCCAUUUCGUGCACCAUGAAGAACCCCAAAGGAGAGCUCUUUGGCUACCCCACCGCCAGCCAGAGCGCGGCUGUUCCCGCUGCCAGGCCGCCCCCGCAGAUUACCAUGAAGCAGCUGAUUGAAUUGUUUUUCUCAUCCCAGGCGGGGGGCCACUGCAAGAACAUCCCAACACUGGAGUACGGCUUCCUCGUCCAGAUCAUGAAAUACGCCGAGCAGCGGAUCCCAACUCUGAACGAGUACUGCGUUGUGUGUGACGAGCAGCACGUCUUUCAGAAUGGCUCGAUGCUCAAGCCCGCCGUUUGCACGAGGGAGCUGUGCGUCUUCUCCUUCUACACCCUGGGAGUCAUGUCUGGAGCAGCCGAGGAGGUGGCCACUGGGGCAGAGGUGGUGGACCUGCUGGUGGCCAUGUGCAGAGCUGCCCUGGAGUCGCCCCGGAAGAGCAUCAUCUUUGAGCCGUACCCCUCGGUCGUGGACCCCAACGACCCCAAGACCCUGGCCUUUAAUCCAAAGAAGAAGAACUACGAGAGGCUUCAAAAGGCUCUGGACAGUGUGAUGUCCAUUCGGGAGAUGACACAGGGUUCCUACCUGGAAAUUAAGAAACAGAUGGACAAACUGGACCCUUUGGCCCACCCUCUGCUCCAGUGGAUCAUCUCAAGUAACCGGUCGCACAUCGUCAAGCUGCCGCUGAGCCGGCAACUCAAGUUCAUGCACACAUCCCACCAGUUCCUGCUGCUCAGCAGUCCCCCUGCCAAGGAGGCCCGCUUCCGGACCGCCAAGAAGCUGUAUGGCAGUACCUUUGCCUUCCAUGGUUCCCAUAUAGAGAACUGGCACUCCAUUCUGAGAAAUGGACUAGUCAAUGCUUCUUAUACCAAACUGCAGGUAUGUAGCGACAAGGACUCCCAGCUGCUCCAUUUUGACAGUAACGGAUGCCACGUUCCUCCUCAUUGCAAUGGGUUCUGUGCGAGGCCCACCGGCAGCCCAGCUGAUGUCACCCAACGCUUUUGUUCUGACAGCAAUGGACGCCAUGUUCCUCCCCGUUCUUGUUGCCUUGUCUGCCUCGCCCCGGGGGAAUAUGGCGUCCACUGGGUGCUUGGCUAUCUGUUGGCCUCGCUUUGGCAAGGGUGGACCACUAGCUGUAGAGGAAGCUCAGAGUUCUCUCCGAUGGGCAUCUUCGGGGGGGUCAAAGAGGCUGUGCAGCCGCUUCUUUCCGCCAGCGCUGAGGCCUGUCUGGCUGGUGACUGCCAGAAAGGCCUUUAUGAGCUGGCGUGCGACGGAGGCCACUGUGACGAGUUCCUGCUGUCGUGACCCACUGUGUCAGGAGUCAAGAUGGCCACCUCGGAGAAGAGGCCCUGAUUGUCCACUAAGAAAUCUAAAAUGAGGGUGCUAACAAAAACACCCAGCCAGCGCCCAGCCCAUCUGCUGGAGAGGGCACAGUUAGCAGACAGGCCAGCUGACCGACAAAUCCAGCACUGGACAGGCUCGAUGUCUGACCACCCACGUGACAAGUGGACACCCAACACAUCUGACUAUGCACACAUUAGACCACCAGAUCACCAGAAGACCUGAACACGUCAGAGGCCACUCCUGUGCCCAGGACAUUUUAGAAAAGCAGAACUGACUUAGCAGUUGGCACUGUCAUCGUUCUUUUUAUUCUUAGAUUUGACAUCCCUGCGACAAUGCUGUAUUGGCACUUUGGGUGUUUUCUGCAGGGCUGCGGUGGCAUCCUGCUGCUGCCCGGUGACUGCUGGAUGUUCACUUUGUGACGUUGUGUGACCACGGAGCCACACUUUAAGAUGGUGGCGCCAUUGGGUUAUGCGGUAUAAAAAUGACAGAAAAAGCUCAAUUUGUGAAACGGCAUUUUGUUAAGUACAUCCAGCUUGGAUUACCAAGGGGGACCCCCAAAUCCCCCCUGGCGUUGGAAAAAUGCUACAUUUUAAUCUAAGCAUGCUGGAGACUCCAAGGGGAGACGCGCGUGUUUGCGGACCACGGGUGCAAAGCAGCUGGCGCGGGGUUCUGUAUUUGCUUCUGUAUAGUUUUGGUACCGAGGUCCUGGUAUCAAAACCAAAGUCAGAAUGUUAGCACCAGUCCACACUAGUGACGUGCCAGUCCUGCCACUUUGGAUUUGGAUUAGGUCACAAGUCACGCAGGCCGCUUGGUUGCCGCGUGUUUUAUGGCUUAUUGAUUUGUUUCUGUGUUGUUUCUUAUUAUCCUACAACGUCAUUUGUUUUUGUAUUUUUUGCUGCCAUUUUCUUUUCCCAUUUUGACUGCCAUUUUGUGUCUCUUAUUUUGGGCGAGAGCAGUGCAGUCGCUAGCAUGGCGCUCCUAGAAGUGUGCCCGUUUCUGGAUCGAGGACUGAAACUGCUGUGUUCUUCAUUUCUCUUAAUUUGCGCUUUUUCUUCCCCGAGUUCCGUUGUUGGUCUCCGCCUCUUCCUCCCCAGUUUCCCCCCCAUCUGCUGGUCCUCCCUGGCACCUCGCCUCAUUUCUUUACCUUUCAGUUAUUGCCCCGUUCUGGCCUUAGCAGAGCAAUCUGACCACGAAACAAGUGACACCACACCGCCACUCACCUUCACCAACGUGGAUGCCACAUCUCAGGCGGCUGGCCAGCCUUCCUACCGCACCA